AUGGUACCAGCUCCAAUAAUAGAUAGUGAUGAUUCACAAAUACAAUCCUCAAAACCAAGUGAAGUUGAUAUGGAAUUUUACUACAAACGUCUUUUACCUUUUAAAUAUAUAUUCAAUUGGUUAAGUCAUUCACCAAAACCAACAAAAGAUUUUAUAAUGAGAGAAUUUGCUUAUGAAUUUAGAUCAGGGGCAUAUCAACGUUAUAAUUCAUAUUCUAAUGUGGAAGAAUUUAAAAAAUCAGUUAUAAAAGCAAUUCCUACACGUUUUGAAAUUGGAGCAGUAUAUAAAGUAGCACCAAAAGAGAGACAUAAUCUUCCAAAACAAGCAUUAAAACCGUUAACAAAAGAAUUAGUAUUUGAUAUUGAUUUAACUGAUUAUGACGAUAUUAGAACUUGUUGUCAAGGAACUGAUAUAUGUUGUAAAUGUUGGAAAUUCAUACAAGUUGGUUCAAAAAUUAUAGAAGAUUGUUUAAGACAAGAUUUUGGAUUUAAACAUAUGAUUUGGGUAUUUUCAGGUAGAAGAGGUGCACAUUGUUGGAUAAGUGAUAAAAGAGCAAGAGAAUUGGAUGAACAAAGUAGAAGAUCAAUAGUGGAAUAUCUUGAUGUAUUAGGGGCAAAACAUGUUAAAUCAUCUAAGGGAAUUCAUGUUAAAAGACCAUUUCAUCCACAUAUAGAAAGAAGUUUUGAAGUGAUGAAAAAUUCAUUUAUAGAUAUAAUAUUAGAAGAUCAAGAUCCUUGGUAUACUGAUUCUGAAACAAAAGAAGAUUCAAAAAAUUGGAAACAAAUUAAUGAUUUAUUAAAUUUUAUACCUAAUAAAGAAUUACAAAUUGAAUUAAGAAAAAAAUGGAAAUCAAAUAAAAAUGUAUCAAGAUCAAAAGAAAAAUGGGAAGAUAUAAAUACUUUAGCAUCAAAAAUAUUUAAAUCAAAUUUGCAAGUUGGACCAUUAAUGGAUGCAAAGAAAGAUAUUAUAAUUUUUUAUUUAUAUCCAAGAUUAGAUAUUGAAGUUUCACGUCAAAUUAUUCAUUUAUUAAAAUCACCAUUUUGUAUUCAUCCAGGUACUGGAAAUGUAUGUGUACCUUUCAAUCCUUUAAAAAAUAUAUCUGGAAAUUCACAAGAUGAUGCAUAUGGAUUUAAUCCAACAACUUCACCUAAUUUGAAAACAAUUCAAAAUGAAUUAGAGGCAUGGGAAUCAAAAAGUUCACAAGUUAAUGAUAUUCCAUCAUGGGAUAAAACAAGUUUAAAACCAUAUGUUGAUUAUUUCAAACAAUUUGUAGGAGAUUUAUUAAAAUCUGAAGAGAAUAAAGAAAAAAGAGAAUUAGAAAAUCCUUAUGAAUUUUGA